UGUGGCAGUUGUUUUGACAUGUUUAAGGUUAUGUUGUACAUUGUGUUUGUAAUUCUUCAAAAACCAUGUUAGCAAUCCAACAAUAUUCUGAUAGCAGCGACGAUGAGCGAUGUGAUGAGCCCGGAGAUUCAAAACCCAUAGAUGAAUCAUCCCAAGAUCAUCUAAAACCAUUGUCUACCGAAAAUGAGAAGUUCUCCGUGAAAAAACAGUUGCAAGUAUGUUCGGCCCCAGUUGUACUCCCAACUGGCGUUGACGAGGGCAUUAUACACAUACAUCCAGAUACAAAUGAAGUAAACUACAAUCCCAAAUAUGAAGAGUUGUUUGCGCCAAUGGUUGGACCAGAGAACCCCUUCAAAACCCAGCAACAGUCAAUGAAUAAGAAUACUUUAGCUGGGCAUGUCGAACCCGCGCACGUUAGUAGUUUUCAAUUCGAAAAUCAAAGAAGAACGUUUGCCAGUUUUGGAUAUGCUUUGGAUCCCUCCGUUAGUGGAGAAGGAUCUUCCCUGAAAGUUAUCGGUGCCAAUGAAGCUAAUAAUGAUUCUGCAGAAAUUAAAACUGUUUUUGAGAAUACAAAACUGAGGCCUUUAGACAAACGAAAAAGAAAGAAGAACAACGAUGCGAGCGAUAUCGAAGGUUUCCUUGGUCCAUGGGGCGGUUUUGUGGAUGAGCAGCGCGUGAUGAAGCCAUCUGAAGAGGAGGCAAUUGAAUUGGAGGAGUUGGUGUCGAAGAAAACGAAGCGCGGUAAACCGGUGGAGGAGAAACACAUUGAGGAAAAAUCUGUGUUGCACAUCGGAGAUGCGGUGGACUAUCAAGGCAGGUCGUUCUUGCACGCGCCUCAGGACGUAGGCGUUAACCUCAAAUCGGACACGCCGCCUGACAAAUGCUUCUUGCCCAAGUCCCACAUACAUACGUGGUCUGGACAUUCUAAAGGCAUUGCUGCGAUUCGAUGGUUCCCUCGUACAGCCCAUUUGUUCCUGUCAGCCAGUAUGGAUUGCAGAAUCAAGUUAUGGGAGGUGUACAACGAAAGGCGGUGCAUCCGCACCUACUAUGGUCAUAGGCAAGCAGUGCGCGAUAUUAACUUCAACAAUUCAGGAAAGCAUUUCCUGUCUGCCGGUUACGACCGUUACAUAAAAAUGUGGGACACAGAAACUGGCCAAGUGCUGUCCCGGUUUACAAGCAGAAAGAUACCUUACUGUGUGAAAUUCAAUCCAGAUAGAAACAAACAGCAUUUGUUUGUGGCUGGCACGUCUGACAAGAAGAUUAUUUGCUGGGAUACAAGAUCUGGUGAUAUUGUUCAGGAAUACGACCGGCAUUUGGGCGCCGUUAAUUCUAUAACGUUUGUUGACGAGAAUAGGAGAUUUGUUACGACGUCUGACGAUAAGAGUUUGAGAGUCUGGGAAUGGGAUAUACCAGUCGACAUGAAGUACAUCGCUGAUCCUACUAUGCACAGUAUGCCUUCUGUCACACCUGCUCCCAAUGGAAAAUGGUUAGCGUGCCAAAGCAUGGAUAACAAAAUUGUGAUCUUCUCCGCCUUAAACCGUUUCAAAAUCAACAGGAAGAAAGUGUUUACAGGUCACAUGGUUGCGGGUUACGCGUGUAGUUUGGACUUUUCGCCAGAUAUGUCGUAUUUAGUAUCGGGAGACGCGGAUGGUAAAUGCUACAUUUGGGACUGGAAAACGACGAAACUUUACAAAAAGUGGAAAGCGCAUGAGAAUGUGUGCAUCAGUACCCUAUGGCAUCCCCACGAAUCGAGCAAGUUGAUUACUGCCGGAUGGGACGGUUUAAUUAAGUAUUGGGAUUAAAUUCUAUUUAUUUUUAUAAUGACAAAUUUAUAUUGUAAAAUAUAAUUAUUGAAUAAAGAUAUUAGAUUCUAA